GCUGAACAUAAUGUAGCUUAUGUAUUAUGCAGGCCUAAAACGCCAUUAACGAGCCGCAGUAGCAGACGAUGGCCGCCGAGAGACAGAAAGAGAGAUAGAGAGAAAGGAAGAGAGCUUUUGAUACAUUUACCAGUUAGCAGCAACCCCAGCCCCGGGAUGAGUCAUCCGAUGAUCCGCGGGGAGUUUCGUGUUUGUGUUUGUGGUUCGAAGGAGCUGAGCGCGAAAAGGUAAAGGAAACUUAAAAACCAAAACGACACCUGCGCGCGGAUGUGUGGCUCAACAUGACCGAUCGGUCGAUCAGCAUGUCGAGCAGCGUGUACGGGUUUUAUAAUGUCUGUUACACACUUACUACACCGGCGGCUGCCGUUGCGCUUCACCGAUGCAACCACAUGCACAUGGCUUACAGAACAGUAAAAAUGGAUAGAAAAACGAGAGCUUCGCUUCAACCGAGAAUUGAGUCCGUGAUAGAACCGUUUGAAUGCGUUAAGAGAUCACUGUUAACUAAGGAACAAGGGAUGUGGAUAAGAUAAGGGACGGUGCACGUCCCUUGCGAUUUGUUACGCCGUGUUACGGUGCCAGGUACCCGGAGCCCGAUGUUCCAGUUUUGCGUUUCCAUGGAUACCGUUUUCGUUCAACCGACGGCGGCCGGUUGACCGGCGAGAGGGGGGAGGGAUGCUUACACGAAGAAAAUCGAAUCCUAUGCUCACGGUAUCAGGCAAGGGCGCCGAGGGAAACGAAAAUGUGAAACGCGCUAUGAGCUACUGACACUACUGAGCGAGAACACAACUGCAAUGAAAGUCUUAUGACAACAGAAGACAGAGCGAAAACUAUAUACACACGCGCAUUAUAUUAUACAUCUACCUAGAUAAGCAAAUAGAAGAGAGAAAGAGAGAGAAAAAAAAACAAACAAACAAACAAACAAAACAGCUUCUUAAGCAUAAGCAAAAAAGGGUGAAAGCGGCGGCAAAGUAUUAGCGAGAAGGCGGCGCACUCGAAGAGGCGAUAGUAGCGCAGCGUUGGCCUGUAUACACGAAAUCACCGGUGUGCAGACGCAAAACGUAAUCCUAAGUAAAACCAGAGCAGGGGGAAACGAAGGAAGGGGGGGUUGAAGAAGCAAAUAGCAAAGUGUUCAACACAGAGAUCCAAUCGAAGCGAAAGCGAAGCUCACCGGCGCUGGUGCGAGAUCAGGCUUAAGUACAGUGUACAUAGCAGUUGUCAUUGGUUUAUAUCUGUAUAAUCACUACGCGUAAGCUAAUCAGAAUACACAGUGUCACUGUGGGGAAGGGCAAGCAGACAAACAAUAGAAAAGCCUGCUCAUAUGUUUGCUGAUGCCGAUGCUUGUAACUGUAACUGCUGUGCCAAACGGAACUGAGCGCGGAACAGCAGCUGGCUAACACAGCGGGCACACACAGCGACAGCGAAAACAUAUUUUAAUGGCGACAGCAUCGUUUCAUCACAAAACCGGUGGAAAGCUUAACCCUCUUCCCCCCGCCCCACUUCACCCCACCUCACUCACACCCCACCCCAUCAAAAUAACGGCAACAACAUAUUCACAACACAUCAUCCAAUCCAAUCCAAUCGUAUUGCAACUAGAACCCCACCCUAUAUUUGUAGCAAUCACUUCCGAUGACGUCAUGCCGAAUCGAGAGCAAUAGAUUCGGAGAAACAGAUCGUGCGAUCGAGAUCCUUCGGGGGGUAUUCCGGGCAAACCGGGGAAAAAAAGAACCGGUCCCUGGUAUGAUUCCAGGUGCAGAAGUAGCAGUAACGGGCGACACGCGUCUGUCGAAUGCCAACCGCUUUACGAUAGUUACCGAGCAGGGGGGGCAGUGGGCAGGAGAGAAAGGAACCGUGUAGCAGGAAGGUGUGAUGCAGCAGCAUCCAUAAUAAUGAUGCCUCCACCACCUGCACGACGCAAUUAUCUCUUUAUCCGAUGGCUGUUUUAUGAGGAUGAGUUUAGAACGCGCGCGCGCGCGCCCGGAAAAGCGAAGCAAAUCAACGUGCAUCAUCAUAAAGAUAGUAGGCAGAAACAACAGGCAGGACGAGAUGGGAGAUGGUAGCAGAAAACACUUAUUUAGCAUAAAAACGAAAGAGAUAGACCGGGGGAGAAAGUAAGGUGCUCAUCACCUUCGAUCGCUAUAUCGCUGUGCCCUCGACAACGCUGGUGCACUGGUUAAGGCUACAGUGAAUGUAUUGUAACGCAAGGAAAGCAACCUAAACCAACAAACCAACAAACUCUAUGUAAAAUAUCGCGCAAUGGCGAAAAAAAUCGUCAAAAGGGAAAACUGUGGCAUAGAAAAGAGGAGAGCGUUGCGAGAGAAGGAAGCUCUCGUUUGCCUAGAACCGCCGUGCUGAGGCUCUAAUAUAGGCUCUCGAAGCACCGGCAUUCCCGUGACACGCUCACGCAGUCCCUAUCCUUGCCCGGAACCCAUCCAACCACCCAACCCAACACCUACUGUCACUGACGUCGCCCCCCCCGGGGGUGGCUGAAAUGAAGUUGCUUGCUGCUGAUAAUGUACGCCCAGGUUAAGGUUCUUUUGGGUUUGCCCACGAUAACGCGGAUUUGUAAAUAACAUGGCGAGCUGAAGAAUUGCUGAUUUGUACUUCUUUCGUUCUCGCGCCUCGCUUUCCUUGUAGCGUUUCCAUUGUAACGCUUGAGACGUUGCUGGAUGAGUUGCGUGCGUAUUUUCGAGAAAAAAAAACAGGUUUUCCCCUUUCCGCACGAGACUCCAAGUGCUGGUAGGCAUUGCUAGAGGGGAAAAGCCCAACGCAAUCAAGCAAACACAUUUAACGGAUCGAAAUUAAUCAGCUACACAGCAACAAUCAACCACAGGAUAAGGGGAUGCAGAAGGAAAGCGAAAGAGAAGUAAACAAAGCAGGAAAUAAAGCAAGAAAGAACGAAAGAGCAAACCAGUUAAAGGAUUGAAGAACGAUUGGUUAAAGACGCUUAAAAUGUAAACGUUAAAUGUGAAUGAAGUACGCAACUUACACAAAGUCAUACGUCGCAGCGGCUUUACUGAUAUAAAUGGGGGUGACUCGGGUGGGUAGGUUUGGGGUGUAGGUUUAGGGUUAAGCUGUAAAAAACAACAACAACAACAACAAGUAUAUAUUAGCAUACCUUGCCACACAGCCAGCGAGCGUAGUCUGCCUGGGGCGACGAGGUGUUUGUUAAGUUUUAUCGUCAUAAAAUCCUCGGCGCGCGACACCGUGGAACAGCUGGUGACGACCCGCCCACUUUCACCUCCCUUCCACCACCCUCAUUCCACCUUACCCGGCGCAUCCUUUCCUGUAGCAAAGCCCGUAUGCCCCGGCCGCCACCAUGCAGCACCACCGGGCCGCGAGGAACAUCAUGCUAGGGAGGUGAAUGUUACUCUUUUUUUUUUGCUAGAAAAUCGAAAUUCAAGCAAACUACGGUGGGCGAACGGGCGGCCGAGGAGUCGAACCGAGCGUCUGGGCGGCAGCCAUGGUCGGUCGAAAUGGCGCGGAUGCUUAUGCUCGCCAAACAGCUCGGUUUGCCGCGGAACGUAAAGUAACAGCUCCACCAUCGCGGAAAAACGGCUACCGCUCCUCGACAGCUGUUGUUCGACAGAGCAUGAAUGUUACGCGCGUUAGAGGAUGGAAAAUGAGAACAGAAAAAAGGAAUACGGGAAAAGCGGGAAAAUUAAGACAUAAAAAUACUGUUAUUAGUUAACAAGGUAUAUGCGAUAAUAUGGAAACCAAAACAAAAAAAAAUUAAACGAGAAUAUUAUGGCGG